AUGGAUCGUCGGUGCUCCCAAUCGGUCAGGACGCUGGUGUUCGACGAUUCUGACUCUGAUCCGCCUAAAGGCGAUCAGAAGAAAAAUUUGUUGACGUCUGCUGCUCCAUCAUCGCUAAAUCAGAGCGCUGAAGAUGCGAGCAAGCGCAACAACUUGUUGCGAAUGCGUCGCUCAGCACUCGGAAAAUCUGCACCGACACUUUCCGUCCAUGUGAAAGAGCCAUGUGCGGUAUCGCGACGACCGUCCCGUCUCCCGCCGCCGCCACCGCACCAUCGGCUUUCUCUUGUGGUUGGGUCAGGGCGGUGUAGUUCCCCGGGUACAGGACCUCUGUCUCCGGCGGAGGGGCCCCGCUGGCACGCGCAUCACGCGCAUCCGUUGCAUCACGCCCUGCUGUCAUCUAGCGUUAAACGGGGGAAGGACCUAGACGGCAGAAGGUGGUCUGUAGCAUCGCUACCAUCGUCUGGAUACGGCACAACACCAGGGAGCUCAAGUCUUUCGUCACAAUGUUCGUCCCAAGAGCGACUGCUGGCCGUGCAAGCUCCGUGCGAUCCAACGCCGCGCGCGCACUGCCCCCAUUGCCAUCAACAUCAGAAUUCGCUCAACAGCUCGCAAGGCAGUGGUAUGAACUGGGCAUCACUGUCAGACAGCGGUGGAAGUGGCCCCGUCCCUCGCCCUGCUUCACCCCCGCAUUCCCCCUCGCCUCGGAAUAUACCACGACGCGUUCGAAGCCGAAGUCUAAGUUCACCGUCCCGCUCACCAGGGGGUGGUAGUGUGGGAUCAGAUGGAUCUCGAGAAGAUGCAGUGACAGCGAUGUCUGCGUUGUUCGCCGCACGAUUUCCGGCUGCUCAAAGGGCUAUGAAUGAUAAAUUGCGGUCUCUAAUAGACGAGUUGACUGAACUUGAUAAGAAGCCUGACCGGCCGCCGAUAGAAAGAUUCGUUCAACGACAGGUUUUAGAGAUGGCCCGUGAUUGUCUUCACAAGUCUGAGUCGAGGCAGGUAACAAGCAGUUACUUCUAUGACAUGGGUGAUAGUUUGGACAGGCUGCUUGCUGAGACUCGGGAGAAGUCAGCAGAAGCGGGCGGUAGAGUUGCUCCUUUGGUUACCAGGCUGACACUUGCCAUGGCUCGUCCUGCAAGACUGCUUGAGUGUCUGGAGUUCGAUCCUGAAAAAUUCUAUCGGCUUCUUGAAGUAGCAGAGGGACAUGCACGGCAUUUGCAGGGAUUAUCGACAGACAUCCCUCAAUACAUAAUUCACAAGCUGGGUUUGUCAAAGGAUCCUCUCGCCGAGUUGUCAGUCCCACCACCUCCGCCGCCGCCACAGAACUCGUCACCAUCAAAGCUCCGAGGUCGUUCGUCACCCCCCGGUGGGGUGGGGGGAGGUACCCCGUCAGAAAACGAUUACCAGGUCAUUAAACUGAUCUCGAAUGGGGCCUAUGGAGCUGUGUACCUUGUCAAACAUAAGCAGACCCGACAGAGGUACGCGAUGAAAAAAAUCAGCAAAAACAAUUUAAUAUUAAGAAACCAAGUUGAGCAAGCAUUCGCGGAGCGAGACAUUUUAAGUUUUGCGGAUAAUCCUUUUGUGGUAACAAUGUACUGCUCAUUCGAGACGAAACGCCAUUUAUGUCUCAUACUGGAGUUUGUGGAAGGCGGUGAUUGCGCAACUCUACUGCGCGCAGGGCCCCUUCCGCCUGAUAUGGCACGGCAUUACUUCGCUGAGGCAGUAUUGGCUGUGGACCUACUCAUCACUGCAACUGGUCACAUAAAGCUCACUGACUUUGGACUCAGCAAAAUGGGUCUCAUGUCAUUGGCUACGAACCUUUACGAGGAAUACGCUGACCGCGAAGCGCGCCAGUUCUCUGAUAAGCAGGUCUGUGGGACGCCCGAAUACAUUGCGCCUGAAGUCAUAUUACGACAGGGGUACGGUAAACCUGUGGAUUGGUGGUCGAUGGGCAUCAUUCUGUACGAGUUUUUGGUGGGCUGUGUGCCUUUCUUCGGUGAUACACCCGAAGAACUUUUUGCGCAUACAGUCAAUGAUGACAUAGAGUGGCCAUCCGAAGAUGAUUUUCCGAUAGCAGUAGAAGCGAGAACUAUAAUUGCAGAUUUACUCGCUCGAAACCCCAGAGAUAGAUUGGGGACGGGAGGCACUCAUCAAGUAAAGGAACACAUAUAUUUCUACGGACUAGACUGGAACAAUUUACUCCGUCGGAAAGCUGAGUUCAUACCGCAGCUGGAAAAUGAUGAGGACACCAGCUAUUUUGAUAGUCGCUGUGAUCGUUACAAUCACAGUGAAGUGGAGACAGACGAGGCAGCUGAAGGGGAGAGUGGGCCAACGGCGGAGACGGGAGGAGAGGAGGCAGGGCUAUUCGCCGCUUUCUCCUCUACAUCUCCGCAAUGGAGGAGACAUUAUCACUCGCAUUCAUCGAGGGUUAGCAUCGAGAGCACGGAUAGUUGGCCAGGCACGCCAGACAGUGCAGGCCCACCAAGCACACCCACUGCGCCGCCGCAAACUUCGCACCAUCAUCCUAAGUGCCCGAUGAUAUCAGCAAACUCGGCUGAAUCAUCUCAAACGGAUUCUGACGACGUGUCGCCGGCCGCUCGUCGUCGUGUUGCGUUGCGUGCGCCGCUCGCACAUUCUCACUCGACGCACACGGCCCAUUUACAUGCGCAUACGCAUUUGACUCAUGGAUUGUCGAGUCUCGUGCAGCCACAGUUGCAUCCCGCUAUGUUACCGAAACCAUCGGAGAAUAAGAGGGAGAAGGAACAUAAAUCAUUUGAUAAAGUGGAUAAGGUGGAACGAGACAAAAGUAAACCCAUUGCGCUAUCCGCUCCAAAGUCAAUGCGCCGAUCGGCAAGCACGUCUGGCCUCUCUUUAGUGAUCCAUCCAGCCGAAGACAGCAUAAUAAGUAUGGGUGGUGGAUCUCCUUGUGCCGGCAACACAUCUUCUACCAACUCGUCACGUGACUCUUCGCCGUGUCGCGAUCCGCCAUCGCCGUUCGCUAUUGCUAACCAUUCGUUAAUUCAAUCCUCAAAACCGCCGAUCGUUGUACGCCGAGGACCACGCGGUUUUGGAUUUACGAUACACACGGUCCGUGUGUACUAUGGCGAUACAGAUUACUAUACUAUGCAUCAUUUGGUAUCGGCUGUAAGUGAACAAGGAUCGGCAUGGGCUGCAGGAUUACGCGCGGGUGACCUCAUAACACAACUCAAUGGUGAAUCUGUGCAGGGAUUGUUGCAUACACAGGUGUUAAGAUUGCUCUUGGCUGCCCCACACGCGACGCUUCGCGCCACUCCGCUAGAUCAGACUACAAUACAGGCGGGUGGUCGUCGUCGUUCGGGCGGAAGACGUGCGUCCGCGCCGCCACGCCCAAGACCUCGUCGGCGGUGCUCGCUGUUCAGAAGAAUAUCCACUAAGCGAGCGUCGCAGGAGAUGCAUCAGAUGGUGUCGGGUGGAAACAGUGAGAGUUCGUCUCCAGCGCCAGCAGUUCCAGCGUUAGCCGACGCGUCGUUACACAACGCACCUACGACGCACUAUCAAAGGCCUUCAUCCCUUCACGGGCUAAAGCACAAGCUAGGCGCGGGUGAGGUUCGCCGUGCGUCUCUUCAGCAUAUGCCCCUCUCCCCUCUCGCGAGAACCCCUUCACCUUCUCCCCAGCCUGCGCCAGCGCCGGCUUCUCCCACCAGUCGUGGCUGCGAAGCACGCAGUCCAUCACCUCUAGCAACACGUGAAUGUCGUCGCGCGUGGCCGCGUCGUGAUCCAGCAUCUCCGCUUUUGAGACGCGCUCUUUCGCCUGACAGGUUACAUCCUCGUUCAGCGGAAUCUAAGUGCUCUAUAUCCCCACUCUGUUGUGGGGGAGUAAGCACUAGUGGUACGACCACAGUCGCGACUACCCGAAGAGGAGGAAGUUGGAGAGCCCCCGCACCUGCGCCUCCCACUCCUCCACCUCCAGAUAAAGAAGAACCUCUCUUGCCAAGAAUCGCGGAGGAGAAAGAUUCUCCCACGCACCAUUCUGCUAGACUGCCUAUGAGGACGCCAGUAAAACAGAGCACGCCGAGUAUCUUCACCUCAUCGCCAAAAGCCAGUCAGGGCAAGUCGAUGUUCGAUGCUAACACGUCUUUCGCGUCCCUCUCUCUUUCUGACGAGUCAUUCGUAGACUCUAGUAUGGAUGCUUCAACUAUUGAUACAUCGAGGGAAAUGCCAUUGUACCUCACGGUGACAGACAGCCGAUCAAGUACAGACACAAGUCUUACAGUGUCUGAUAUAAAUAAGAAACUCUCCUUUACGCAAGAAUUGUCCAGCAUUCCGGAAGUCAAAACUCGCAAGAAGUCAGAUUCUAGUCUGAAAGAUGAAGAUUUGAAAUCAAAAGAGAAAACAAAAUCGAAAGAUAAAUCAGACUUGAAAAAACAAGACUCGAUAAAAAAAGAAAAAUCAGAACCAAAGGAGCUAAAGAAACAAGACUCGAUUAAGAAGAUUGAGAAGCCAGAGAAAGAGAAACCGCAAGAAACGAAAGAUGAUAAGAGGGAUAAAAUGGAACGAAGUGGUUCGGUAAAAAGAGUUGAAACUAAACAAGAGAGAGAAAAAGAAUCGAAGCAAGAAAAAUUGGAAAGGCAAGAGAGAGAGAAGGAACUGAAAUUAGAGAAACUCGAAAGAGAGAAAGAGUUGAAAGAAGCGAAAAAGCAAGAGAAACAAGAGAAAGCUGAGAAAAAACAAGAGCAAGCAAAGAGGUCUGAGUCCAUAAAGAAGGAGUUCAGAAAACAAGAAUCGGUUGAGACGAUCAAGUCUCCAGAGGCGGAGACAAGUGAGGGCAGAAGUAAGAGUGUGGUGAGCAAACUUCUCGGAGUGAUGAGCAGAAAAAGAGACGAUGAAGAUCACAAAGGGAAAAAAGACAAACAUGCUAAAAAGAAGAAUACUACGAUACCGCUGCCCCAGUCACAAAUACCAGUCAAGCUUGAUCAAAGUUCUGUCACCACCGACAAGGAACCAGAUGAGAAAAAGAUGAAAAAGGGACGAGGAAGGGCAUCAAGUUCAUCAUCCGGUGAGAAAUAA